AUGAAAUUGAACGCUGAAACCAUUUCAAAAAAAUAUGAAUUAGAAUUAUUAUCGCAUAUAAUUUUAAACUAUGGCUUUAAAAAUGUAGCAAUUCAGCUAGCUGAUCAUAUGCUGAAUGAUUCUCUUUUCAUUUCCAAUGCAAUAAAAGGCAUUCUCUUAAGUUCGCCGGGUGGAAAAGACGAAAAAGAUGAAAAUGGCGGAAAAGGCGAAAAAGAUGAAAAUGGCGGAAGAGAUGAAAAAAAUGAAAAAAAUGAAAAGGGCGACGAAAGAGCCGAACACAGUUGCUGCUCUGGCAGUUGCAGUAAAAACAAAACAAUUUGUGAUAUCCCAAUGAGGAAGGGAACAGAUAAUAGUGAUAAAAUAAAUCUAUACAUAUUAGGUGACACUACAUUAAAUGAAUGUUGUGAAGAUUAUGUAUGUGCAGAUCAUGUUAAUGCAGAUUUUUUAGUUCAUUAUGGAAUAUCUUGUCAGUCAUUUAUUACACCAUAUAUUCCCUCUAUUAACAUAUUUAACAAAAUAAAUAUCGAAGAUAAUUUUUUUAAAAAUAUUAAUGAAUUUAUAAAUAAUAAACAAAUUUUAGAGGAAAAUAAAAUAUCUAUUAUAUUAACUGAUGUUUCAUAUAUAAAUUAUAUGGAACAAUUAGUUAUAUGUUUUUGUGAUAAAAAUAAAAUGAAUUUUUUAUGUGAUGAAAAUAAAAUGAAUUUUGUGUGCGAUGAAAAAAAACAUAAAAUAUUUUAUGAAAUUGAUAAUAAAAUAAUAUCGAGUAAAAAUAUUUAUGAUCAAAAUAAAUUAGCUAGCGAAAAAGAGGAGAGAAAUAAUUCAAUAAAUAACACAUGCACAAAUAAUGGCAACAUAAUUGAUGAUAAUACAUUUAUUAGUUCGGAUUUACAAUUUACUAAUAUAAUAAUUGGGAUACCUAAAAUUGCAAAUAAUAUGAACGGACAGGUAUAUUAUGGAUAUUGGGAUGCAUAUGUCGAAUUUAAAAUAGAUGAUAAUAUUUUUGAUAAAUAUAAAUUUAUGUGUGGAAGACUUUUAUUUAAAGUUUUUUAUAAUACCAAAGAAAAAUAUUUUGUUUAUAAAAUUGUGAAAAAAGAUCAUAUUGAAUGCAAAUUAGAGAAUGAAGAGGAAUGUAAGUUAGAGAAUGAGGAGGAAUGCAAAUUGGAGAAUAAAUGUGGAAAUAUUUAUCUUUUUACAGGAAAUGAAAAAAAUUUUACAAAUAGAGUUAUUCUAGAAUAUGGUAAUUAUUAUGAUAUAUAUAGUUACAAUGAUAUAACAAUAUUUAACAAUGAAAAUAAUAAAAUAAAUAAUUUAUUAUUAAAAAGAUAUAAUUUGAUAGAAAUUUGUAAAAAAGUUAAUACAUUUGGAAUAAUUAUAGGUAAUGUAAAUUUAUGUAAAAAUAAAGAAUUAAGAUUAUUAAUAAAUUAUAUAUUACGAAAAAAUGGGAAAAAAUGUUUUACUAUUGUAACUAAUAAAUUAAAUAGUGCUAAACUUGAAAAUUUUUAUGAUAUUGAAAUGUAUAUAUUAUUAACAUGUUCAGAAAAUAAUUUAUUAGAAUUAAAAGAUUUUUCAAAAAAAAUUAUUAAUCCAUAUGAAUUUUUUGUUGCUUAUAAUUAUAUUGAAUGGGAUUGUAAUUAUUUGUUCGAUUUUUAUGAUUUAUUAAAUUCAAAAGAAAUAAAAAAAGAGUAUAUAUCAAGUUUGAGAAAGGAUAAAUAUUUUACAUGGGAUAUAAAUUCUGAACAGUUGUGCAUAAAAAAUGAAAAUAAUUAUGAACAGCAAGAAUUAUUGUUGAAAAAAUAUGACCAUCUUAUAGAUCAUAAUUCAACAAUUUCUGUGCAAGAUCAACAAAAAUUCAUAAUGCGAUUUCAGGAAAAUUCAUCUAUGUGUCAAUAUUUUAUGGAAACAAUAAAAGAAAAUGAAAAAAGAGAAUUUAAAGGGGUAGAUAUUAAUUAUAAUAUAGACGAUAUACCAACUAUUGUUCAGGGGCUAGAUGGCAUAGCACAAAGAUAUGACUCUGAUAUUAAAUUUUCGAAAUAA